AUGUCACAACCAAAUAAAAUUUGUUCUUCAGAAAAGGAAUUUGACGUAAAUGUGAUGCAAAAUAGCAUCAAUUCGGACUUAUCAGAAAAGCUAGGCGAUGCUCAUAUGAAUAUUCUCCCGACUAAAAAAAUAAUUAUCUGUCUUCUAGUAUUAGCUAUGGCCCUGAUGGUAUCAUUUAUAGACCAAACAGGCGUCACAGUGGCUACAUCUGUAAUUGGAAAAGAUUUGGAUUCUGAAACAACGAUUAAUUGGGCUGGUACUGCUUCCUUAUUAGCCAACUGUAUAUGCCAGGUGUUAUUUGGUAGGUUGUCGGAUAUUUUUGGAAGAAAAAACGUAUUGAUGAUUGGAUUAUUAAUCUUAGCCAUUGCUGACAUCGGCUGUGGUGUUAGUAAAACUGGAGUGCAAUUUUAUGUUUGUCGUGCUUUAGCUGGAAUCGGAAAUGGAUGUUCUUCAAGCCUUCCUCAAAUUAUACUAUCUGAUAUUGUCACACUCAGAGACAGAGGAAAAUACCAAGGAAUUCUAGGCAUGAGUGUUGGGUUAGGAAAUUCAAUAGGUCCCUUUUUAAUGGCCGGAUUUAUUCACGGUGCUACCUGGAGACAUUUCUACUAUUUGUUAUGUCCGUUAAAUGUUCUCGUAAUUGUAAUAAUAUAUAUUUUCAUUAAAGAUCCAGUCAAAAAAGUGGAAAACAUAUUGACAAGAAAGGAAAAAUUCAUGAAAAUCGAUUACCUUGGGAUAUUUUUUGCUACAGCUUGUUUGACUUUAUUACUUGUUCCAAUAAGUGGAGGUGGAUCAACUUAUCCAUGGAAUUCUUCAAUAAUUAUUGCAAUGUUUAUCAUCGGUGGUUCACUCUUCUUUGUAUUUUUACUCGUUGAGUGGAAGUUUGCAAAACUACCAAUGAUUCCCUUAAGAAUUUUUAAAUUACCUAUGGUAUCCUUGAUAUUUUUAUCAACCUUUUUCUUCGGUAUGACAUAUUUCAGUUUCCUUUAUUAUCAACCCUAUUAUUUUGAAAUUGUGAAGAAUAAAAGCAUUGUUCAUACUUCCUUGUUUGUUUUGCCUUUUGUUUUAUGUCAAGCAGUCAUGUCUGUUGUAUCUGGGCAAAUAAUCACGCACACCGGUCAUUAUAUAUAUGUGAUUAUCACCGGCUACUCUCUUUGGUUGCUAGGAAAUUGUUUAUUACUUCUCUGGAAUGAGAACGUAAAUGAUGGGGUAAACAUCGUUAGUCUUCUAAUUAUUGGCUGCGGUGUGGGGUUUACAUUUCAGCCAUCCAUGGUAGCAGUACAGGCACAAGCCAAAAAGGCCGACAGGGCUGUCGUUAUCUCCACAAGAAACGUCAUUAGGUCAUUUGGAGGUGCAGUUGGUAUUGCAGUCGGUUCUACUACUGUAAGCAACUCAUUUUUGUCUAGUAUUAAGCAGCUUGAAAAAGAUAACUCCACCAAAAUCCCAUCCAGUUAUCUUAGAUACUUAGAAACCAACAUCUAUAGUCGCUUCGACACAUCCAGUCUCACCUCAAGCCAAACUAGUGUCGUCAAACUGAUGUAUGUUAGUGCAUUGAAAAAUUAUUUCUAUUUAUUAAUCCCCUUUAUUGCUAUUUGCUUAAUCACUUCUUUCUUAAUCAAGGACAAAGGCUUGCAAUGUAUUGAUGAAAUUGAGCCUCUUAGAAAGAAUUCAGAUACAGAAUCAUAUGUAUCAAGCAAUAGGCCUUAG